GUUUUACGGUAAAAAUGUCAGCCUCCUUGUAGCUCGUGAGAUCAGCUAGCUAGAAUGUUCUAGCGCAUUCAUGUGUCUGUUUAUAAGUGGAGAAAACUUGCUAUCAAGUUAGAGAGAUCGGUGUUUCAAAUUGCUUCCACGUUUUAAUAAGAUUCUUCAAAGACUUUUUGUCUGAUUGUUUGUUUGUUUGUUUGUUUUUGUGAAGAUCAUGUCAGAAAACAGGCAGAACAGAAGAUAUCCCCAGAAUCUUCAGGGGGUCCUUCAGCUGGCGGUAGAAGCCGGAUCAGCUGCAGAGGGUCCAGCCCCUUUUGAACCCAUGUCAGAUGAGAGAAGAACAUGGCUGAGAGAAGCUCUUUCAGAUAUCUGCAAAGGGCAGCUGGAUGAAGUGGAGCAGAUUAAACAGUGCUUGGUUGUCCUAAGCAAAGAAGAAAUAGGUGAAAAGGAUGGCAAUGGAGAGGAAGAGAGGGACGAAGAUGAUGACGAUGAGCGAGAAUCAGCUUUUGAGAUGUUGUCUGAAUUGUGUGAGAACCUGGACAACGCUAGAGAUAUGAUGAUCCUUGGUGGACUGGAGUUGUGUGUCUCUAAGUAUUUGUGUCAUGUCCAAAGUGGGCUGAGGUGGCGGGCUGCUCAGCUCAUCGCCUCCUGUGCUCAGAACAUGCCACAGGUGCAGGACCACUUGCUGAGUAUUGGGACGCUACCAAAGCUGCUGCAGCUAACAGACUCAGAUCCUCACCCCACCGUCAGAGUUAAAGCCCUAUAUGCUGUUUCAUGUCUGGUCCGAGAACAGGAGGCUGGGCUCCAGGCCUUCCUGGCCCUUGAUGGUUUUUCAGUUUUGAUGAGAGGCAUGCAAUCUGAAAACGAGAAGCUCAGAACCAAGUCCGCUUUCCUUCUGCUUAAUCUCCUGACUUCACACCCCGAACAUAAAGAAACACUUGUGUCCAUGGGGAUGGUACAGCAGCUGGUAUCGGUUCUCCGUGCACCACAUUCACCUUUCCAUGAGCAUGUACUUGGUGCUCUUUGUUGUUUGGUAGAAGACUUUCCACAAGGGCUCAAAGAUUGCAGGAAUCCUUCUUUGGGUCUGGAGGAAUUACUCAAACAGCGAGCGAAAGAUCUCCAAGGAAAAGAUGAAAGUCAAGAAGAGCUUGACUUCUGCGAGCGUUUGAGGGUCAUGUGUUUCCAUGGCCAGCAGUCGGAUGACAUUGGGAUGGAUCGCUAAAGCCAUUUUUUCUUUAACUCUUAACUAUACUGGAAUUAUUUCAUCAUUAGUUUAAAAACAAGGAUUUAAGAGAACAUUAAUGACGUGGAUCGUGAAUGUUGAGCAACAUUUUGUCUGUUAUGUUAUACACGUGUUCAUAAAUUUGGAUUUUACUGUGUAAAAUAUGUUUUCUGUAUAAAUCUCUUUUUCAAGUUUUUCUAGUUCAGUUCUUUUUCUCUCCUUAAAUUUGAAAUGUAAUAGCAAACAUCCCAGCAAAGGGUGUUAUGUUUUGCUUGUUUUAUUUAUUUAUUGUUUAGAUGUAUCCAAAUAUUGACCCAGAUAUUGCAUUGCUAAAUUUACACUUUUCUAAUGUUAAGAUUAAACUCUUAAGUAUUUCAGUUCAGGUUGUCAACUAUUUAGACUCAAUUUUACACAUUAAAUUUAUUUACUGUUAACAAAACACAGGGUUAUACACAGAAGUUCACAGAAUGCCGUCACAUGUAUAAUCUAUACAUUAGUAUGAACGUUUGACAAAAUAUUUAAACAUUUAAUCACAGUAUAUACAUAUUAGAACUGAUAUCCACUGAGUGUUUUUCAGUCUCAUAUGUUUAUUUAUCUGGUUUUUGAAAAUAUACACAUGGAUAUAAUCAUGGAAAUAUUCAAAGUUGAACCUUAUAAGGUGUGCGUUUAGAAGCUUCUUUGCCACAAAGUUUCCAGCUACAAAACCUUUGAAUUCACACAACAGCUGUCAAGUGCUCAUCAAUAAAUCUCCCCAAAUUCAGUUUA